AUGUCUUCCGUUUCAUUUCUGCUCCUGAUCCUGUCUGUAGGGGCCACUGUCAUGGCUAGGAGAACGAUGAAGGACCUGGAGAAAUUAAAUGAUACCUUAUUCGAAGACUACAGACCAGAGUUCCGACCUGUGUUUUACAUUGAUGACACGCUACAAGUGAACGUAACCUACAACCUCUUCUCCGUCAUCGACUUCAAUGUCGUCACCGAAAUCGUCUCCUUGUCAGGGGUGUUUGUUAUCCUAUGGCACGACUACCGGCUUCAAUGGGACCCAGAUGAUUUUGGUGGUGUGGAAGGGAUGGUGCUGCCGGCUUCUCAGUUGUGGCUUCCAAGCAUUGUCCUAAUCAAUGCCGCUGACGGUAUGCAGCACAUCGGAUCAGAUGAAUCCAACGUCUAUGUGCUCUACAACGGAGAUAUUUACUGGAAUCCUGGAGGCGUACUGAUAUCAUCGUGUCUUGCAAAUAUGCGUUCCUUUCCGAAGGAUCACCAUAUAUGUAGAUUGAUCCUGUGCAACAUGAUCCAUACCAGUCACGAGAUGGAACUUGUUGUUCCAACAUCCGCAGUGAAUAAUGAAUUUCUACUUAAAAAUGGUGAGUGGGAUGUCCUCGGGAUCCAUAUGUCGGAUAAAGUUGAUGACUAUGACCAAAUGGAAUCUUCGUCAAGUUCGUACAUAUCCAUAAGCAUUCACAUGGCAAGGAAAUCUAAAUAUUUUAUCAUUAACAUGCUUAUUCCAGUGACAGUGCUGUGCAUUCUAGAAUCAUUCGUGUUUCUAAUUCCCGUCGAAGCGAGUGAUAGGGUCUCAUUUUCAAUGACGCUUUUUCUAGCAUUGUCUGUCUACAUGUCCGUGAUGGGGUCAUUUCUUCCAACAACCUCCGAACGGCUGCCAGGAAUGACCUAUUUCCUGUUAGCGUCCGUUUUACACAGCACCAUGGUAGUUCUGAUGGCAAUAGUUACCAUUCGUUUCAGCAUCAAUGACGAUCUACCAGCCUGGUUAGUUCGCUUAAACAGGAUUAAAGACAAGAGACUACUGAAACGCAAACAACGAAAGAAGAAGAAUGAAGAUUUAAAUGAAAAUUUUCCACUCGACACUAAAGUUCAUGACACUGAGAUAGACAUCCAUGAUGUUCUGGUGAAAAAAUCCCUAUUGCACGCCUUCGACAUAUUUCUGUUUGUGAUAACUUUGGCUAGUAUGGUGCUCAUGUGUUUGAUAUUCUACAUGGUGUAUCUUACAGACGUUGAGGAUUCUGAGCAUUAA